CCUGGCCAGGGAGGCGAGCUCAUCAGCUAGCGACGCAGAGCUUCGUGCGUGCGGCAAUGGGCGCGGGCAGCGGGAGGACGGAGGCGAUCAUGCGCGAGAUCGCGAGCCUGCGCGCGCAGAGGGACGAGCUGGACAGCCGCAUCCGCUUCUUCGAGUCCCAGCUCCGCAUCGGCGGCGGCGGCGCUGCGCCGACCACGCUCCCUCCCAGCCUGUCCACCAAGCUGGACGCCAUGGGCGCGCACGCCGUCUCCGCCGCCGGUGGGGGCCUGAGCCCCGACAUGGUCCAGCGGUACAGCCGCCAGCUCCUCCUCCCCGACUUCGGCGUGCACGGGCAACGGAGGCUCUCCCGGUCGUCGGUUCUGGUGGUCGGAGCCGGAGCAUUGGGCUCGGCCGUAGCACUGUAUCUGGCUGCAAGUGGCGUUGGUUCGUUAGGCAUCGCUGAUGGAGAAAACGUUGAACUCAGCAACCUCCAUGGACAGAUCAUGCACAUGGAAACAUAUGUUGGGCAACCAAAAGUGAAGUCAGCAGCAGCUGCUUGCCGGGCAAUUAAUUCUUCUGUCAAGGUGUUCGACCAUCAUCUCAAACUGAAGGCAAAAAAUGCUUUGAAUGUUGUGAGGCAAUAUGACAUAAUAGUUGAUGCGACCAACAACCUUGCUAGCCGGUACAUGCUUAGCGAUUGCUGUGUCCUCCUCCAUAAGCCUCUCAUAUCGGGUUCAACAAUUGGUCUAGAAGGACAGUUGACGGUUUGUAACCAUAAUGGAAGUCCAUGUUACCGGUGUCUUUUUCCAAACCCAGCAGCAUGCCAGAAUAGUUCUGACGAUGGAAUUCUUGGGGUUGUUCCAGGAGUGAUUGGCUGCCUACAAGCUCUUGAAGUUAUAAAGGUCGCAAGUCGUGUUGGAGAACCCCUUUGUGGAAGAAUGCUAAACUUUGAUGCAUUGUCCUCCCGUUUUAAGAUUGUUAACAAGAUUCGCCAAAGGUCGUCAUCUUGCACGGUUUGUGGAGAUCAUCCUGAUUUGACAAAAGACACUUUUAUGAUGUUCGGCUAUGACAGCUUCUCGCAGUCUUCAAAUUCUAGUAAGCCGCCGGCGCAAAGCCUGAACCCGCUCCCACGGAACGCCCGGAUCACCUGCAGAGAAUACAAGCGGCUGCUCGACAGCGGCAGGCCUCACCUUCUGCUGGACGUGCGGCCGGUGCACCACUUCCAGAUCGCCUCCAUAGCCAACUCCGUGAACAUCCCAUUGAACGAGCUCAAGGAGAAGCUCCCCCGGCUCAGGGACGCCCUGAGCGAGGUGGCCGACGUGUCGCACGGCAGGCACCGCCCCCUGUACUUCAUCUGCCAGCGCGGCGACGACUCCCAGGUGGCCGUCCACAUCCUCCGGGAGAACGGGUUCCCGUGUGCCAGUGAUGUAAUCGGCGGCCUUGAGUCGUGGGCGCGAGAAGCUGAUCCCGGUUUUCCUGUGUACUGGUGACAUGCUCAAGUUAUGUCAACUUUUUUUUUAAUAUAAUUUUGUCACACAGUUUUGUUUUCUCCACUUGAAGGUGGUCCUUGAGAGGCACCACAAAAUUAUAACUGAGGUAUCAAAGUUUAGUCCCAGUACUUUGGUAGUUCCUACGAUAUAAUCUUGUGGGACCAGCAGCCACCCCUGAUUCAUCUGAGACCAACUACAACGAGUUCAAUUU